UUAAUUCCCUUUUCUUUUCUUUUAGAUUAUGGUAAGAUAAUGGACACCCAAGGCAGUGUAAGCAGACUCACGGCUGAGCAGCAAAUUAAUGGCACCAGUAGCAGGUCACCAGGAGAUGGGUCCAGUACACCAAGAUCACCCAGAGUAAAUAAGGGUGGAAAAGCUGCAAAGGAUAAGCGUUCAGAUUCGGAUUUCAUUUUUGGGAAACUCAUUGGUGAAGGAAGCUUUUCCAGUGUUUACCUUGCAAAAGACAUACAUACAAGCCAAGAAUAUGCAGUUAAGGUCUGUGAGAAGGAGUUAAUUAUUCGAGAGAAAAAAGUCCAGCAAGUGACAAGAGAAAAGGAUGUAAUGAACAUCCUUAACAGCAACCAGAAUCCGAAAGCUCCAUUCUUUGUUAAGCUGUCAUAUGCUUUUCAAGGGGAUUAUAAGCUUUAUUUUGUGAUGACAUACUGUAAAAAUGGUGAGCUUUUAAAUUUAAUCCAAAGGGUAGGCAAUUUUGAUAGAGAGUGUGCAAGGUUCUACACUGCAGAAAUAAUCAGAGCAUUAGAACAUCUCCAUUCAUUAAAUAUUAUUCAUCGAGAUUUAAAACCAGAAAAUAUUUUGCUAGAUGAAAGAAUGCACGUAAAGAUAACAGACUUUGGCUCUGCUAAGAUUCUCUCAAAAGAAGAAAUAGAAGGAUUAGAUGAUGGGAAGGGCCGCAAAAACAGUUUUGUUGGAACUGCCCAGUAUGUAUCGCCAGAAUUACUAGAAUCCAAGAAAGUGGGGCCAGCAUCUGACCUCUGGGCUUUGGGCUGUAUAUUGUACCAGAUGGUUUCGGGGCUUCCGCCUUUUAGGUCCAGGAGCGAAUACUUCAUAUUCCAAAAGAUUUUGAAGUUGGAGUAUGAAUUCCCAGAUGGUUUCUGUGAAGAAGCAAAGGACUUAGUACAGAAACUUUUGGUUUUAGAAAGUGAUGAUAGAUUGGGUGCACGUGACCGAAAUGGGUAUCCAAGUAUAAGAAGUCAUCCUCUCUUUGCUGGCUUGGAUUUUGAUUCUUUACAUGAAUUGACACCCCCUGAAAUCGUCCCAUUCAUGCCACAUGGAAAUAAUGAGAUUAAUUGGGAGCAUAAAAAUCAACCAGGAUUGGAGACGAUUGAACUUCAGUUAAUGCUUGGCUUAGAUAUAAGCAAGGAUGAUAAUAACAAAGCUGUUGAAAAUAAAAAGACUGAAUUGGAGGCUGUCAAGAAAGCUGGAAAGAAAAAUAUGGCUGAUAUUAGUGAUGAAGAAUAUAUUUUGAAGUUGGCAGCACAGGAGAGAGAAAACAAGUGGCACAGAUUUGUUGAAGGGAAUCUGAUCCUGAAGCAAGGACUCAUGGAUAAACGCAAGGGUCUCUUCCCAAGAAGGAGAAUGUUUCUGCUAACAACUGGGCCGCACUUGUUCUACGUCGACCCUGUGAACAUGGUGUUGAAGGGGCAGAUACCUUGGGAUCCAACCAUCACUCCAGAAGCAAAGAACUUUAAAACAUUUUUUGUUCACACGCCCAACAGAACUUAUUACCUUGAGGAGCCAAAUGGAUUUGCACUGGAGUGGUGUAAAGCCAUAAAAGAAGUGAAGGCUUUCUAUUAUCCAAACUCUAGGAGCUAGGCAGCACGUGGGAGGCAGUGGCCGGAAGCAGGGGAAACUACGUGAUAAAUCUGGAACCAAGUUGCUGGUCAACAUAGGAAGAGUAACACAGUGUGUUGUAUCUUGACAUCUAAGUGCAUAUAAAUGCAUUGAGAAUAGAAAUGAUCAAAUAAUGAUAAAUUGUAUAUCAGUGCAUUUGUGUAUAUGAAAUAAUUAUUUAAUGAAUACAGAUUGUUAUGUAGAUGUAAUUCUUCUGUACUUACUUUAACUGUGAUGAUGGCAAGCUGAAUAUGCACCUAUAAAGAGAAAACUUUUCAUUUUAAGAGUAGUCAUUUUUUAUUUUAGUGGAUGAUUUAUUUCAAACUGAGCAAUGGUGUUUAGAAAUGAACACUUGAUAAUUGUCAUGUAAAUGAUUAGUAAUCUAUUUACUCUUGAUAUAAAUAUCCCAACCUGUGCAUUUUUACUUCUGUAGGAAAAUGUAUGUUACUGAAAUUUUUACUUGUGUUUUUAAAGUUAUUUUUUUGUCGUUUGAUGAGUAAGAGUUGUGACAGGUAAUGUUGAAUACGUGUGGCAUGUAAAGAGCCAGUCUUAUAUUUAUAUAGAUUGGGUAGAGGUACCAGUUAGUGCACAAAACUCUUUUUCCUUUUUUUUUUCCCUUUCUUUUUUCUUUUCUUUUUUUUCAUUUUAGGAAACCAAAUGGAGUGCUUAUUUGUAGGUCAUGCUUUUGUCAUACAAUAGAAUUCAAAUAUCUUAAUUUGUGCUUUCAGUGGGAAAGUAUCAAAAUCAGUGUAUUAAUUUGCCAAAGAUCCCUAAGUGUAUGCAGUUGGCCUAACUUGUACUCUUUGUUUUGAACUCCUGAAUGUUAUAAGAAAAUUAGUCGUUGUUUUGCAUAAUAUGUAAAGCAAUUUAAUCAAAUAAACAACCUGUAGUAAGAGAUCUUUGUUAAUAUAUAGUCCAUACAGAUAGAAACCCUUUUUUUUUUCUUUCUUUCUUUCUUUCUUUCUUUCUUUCUUUAUUCUCUUUCAUUCUUUUUUUUUUUUUUUUUUUUUUCAUGUCUUCCUAUUUUUAUUCACCAUUUUUUUUUUUUUUUUUUUCUUCCUCUUAAGUUUUUCUAUUUCCAUUUCAUUUUUCCUCCUCCUCCUGCUCCUCUGGUCAAUUGGUCUUCAGACAGAAUGAAACUCGUAUAUAGCUUUGAAACGUGAAUAAUGUAUAUUUAAACAUGAGCAUAAAGUGGAAUAUUUUGUUAUGAAUGUAGAAAUGUGCAAGUUCAAGGUCGAAAUGAUCCUAGUGAUUACUUGCACUUCACAGGAAUGAUGGAUCAUAAAUCUACCCUCAUUUUCUUUGGGCUUGUAAAAGCUUCUAACAGAGCGCCUUCAUAUAUCUAAUCAGGGCAGUUCAAACACUAAGGGCCUUAGUUUGAUUCCUUAUUUGUUUAGCAACCUUUUUGAAAGUAUCUUAACUCAGGAAUGUUCUGUUUUCCAGAUCAGUGUAUGAAUAUUAUGUCUAACACUUCAAGGCUUGAUUUGAUAAAAAAAGGUUAUGAUAAACAGAUUCACGUACAUUGAAUGGCUUUACUUUUCAUCAUAAGGCAAUAAGAUUGUAAUAUUUAACACACACCUGGAUUCAUAUAAUGUGUACAAGACACUGAUGUUGGUGCAUCUAUACCUGGCAGUCAGUGGCACUAUAUUCUUUACUCCAGAUUAUAUAUCUACCACAUCUGUCUAAUUCUGCAAUAUGAUUCACAUGAUUUUAUAUUUACACCAAUACUUGAUACUUUAGUAUGUUUCUUCUAUAUCUGUUAUAUUUGAUAAAGACAGCUUUUGUUACCUGUCUAUCAUGUCCUUGUCUCUUUCCUGUUACUUCCUUAAAAUUUAAAUCAAGUAAAUUGAUUUUAAACUUGUAAGAUCAGCCAUUGCACAGGAACAAGCCCAGUUUAUAUAUACGUAUACCUGCAUACAAAAAUGUCCUUACAUAAUGCUUAUUAAAUUAGUGCUUUGAGGUCAGUUGGGUUUUCAGCAUUCCGUGGGUGAGGAAAGAGGAAUGUACAUUAGAUUUUAGUCUCCUUUUCAUCUAGUAUGAACUCCCAAAUAACAAGUAGGUUUUUACUCUUGGGUAUAUAUUUAUUAGAGAAGAGAUUUAUUUCUUUUUAGAAAAAGUAAACAAUCUUGAGACCUAUGUUUUUCGUUUGUAAAAAUUUGUACAUAAACAAAUUUGGAUCUUUUUUGUUUAUGAUGGCUAUGGUGCAUGUAUUAAUAAGAAAAUGUGUAAAACUUUAAAAUAAUAAUUUCAUCAAAAUGUACUCUCAUAUUUUAUAGGAAAGUCUUAAAUGCUAACAUGUUACCAAAUAAAACCUUGUCUGAAUUGGUGCCCCUACCCAAUGCAUAGGAUCAUUCUGGUAAUAAAAUCACAACUUCUUGUUCCUUCUCUCUUAGCAUAGUGAGAUAGAAGAAUCAUGCCCCAUUACUAUACAUAAGCUCUUUAAUGGUGGAAUGAUGCUUUGUACCCAGGUCAGUCAAUACAUGACUAAACAAAAUGAAAUCACUGUGAAAUAUAUUUUGUGGGAGAUAUAAUUAUUGUUGUGUACAUAGACUGAAUAAUCUUAUGAUUUGAAAUAACUUAAAUUAUAAAAAGGCCUAGGAAAUAUAAUUGUUGGUAGAAUUCAUAGGCUGCAUUUGUAUGUAACCCCCACCGUGAAUGGGAUGUCUACUCUAGCUCCUAUCCCAUCCCUCCUUAUCAAGGCUGAGGAUACUGGAUGUUUUAAAUAGUAUUGUCCCUGUUGUAGUAAAUCCUCUCAGUUGUGUUUGAGUUUGGUUGUGGAUCAGGAUCUUAUGUUUUUUAAAUAUAUUUCAUGAUUUUUUUUUUUUUUUUUUUCUUUUUUUCUUUUUUUCUUUCUAAAAGAAGCCUUGUCCUGUAUUUGGUCAUGCACAGGCUUACACACAUUCACACUCUAGUGUGCGUACCCAACACAUACUCUUUAGAUACCAUACAUUUUAUCAGACAAGCUUGUAGCUACUAAGCACCUCAACAUAUAUUUAGAAUAUAGAGCAUACAGUCCUUGUGCAUUCUAAAUGAAUACAGAUGCAAAUCUCUCCCACAGUCAGUACUGGUUAGAACAGGCUUCCUCAAGACAAACAAGUAGUUCUCAGUCAUGCUUUGUUCCCUUUUUAUGAAAUCUGGAAAAUGUGCACUCUAAGCUCAGGGUUGGCCACUUUGACCCAAUGGUUUACCUAAGCAUAUUUGUUUUUUUAAAUUUAGCUUUUUAACCCCCUGUUCACGGGAGGCAUCUACUAUAAUACCAUGAGGCAUAGCACUGAUGCCGCGGGUGCCAUCCCUACAGAUGUGGCCCAUACAGAUAUACUUGUUUGGCAGACCGUAUGGCCGCCAAAAAAGCCUGCACACAUUGGGUUAAUGUUAUAUGAAUUUUAAGUAAAUUAUUAUUAUUAAUAAAAACAUAUAUUUAAGGUGAAGGGGAAAAAAUGUGCAAAGAACUUAAUUGUAUAAGGAACAAGAAAAAGUUUCCUUAAAAAAAAAAAAAAAAAAAAAAAAAAAAAAGAAUAAAGAAAAAAAAUGAAACAUUUGGAAUAUUUAACCUCUUGCUGACGGGCCACACCUGUCAUAACAAACUGUUCAGUCUGCAAGGUCUGCAGGGUAUGCCUGCAUGCGCGGUGAGACACCAGAGUGCUUGGAGCAGGAUCCCACGCCCAGUGUCUGCCUGUUGCCGGAAAUCUCUAAAGUUUAAAAUUUUCCUUUAUUUUUUUCCUCUCGUCAGCAUUGGGUUAAUCUUAGGGAUGCAUUAUGUCUUUAUGCAUAGUCAGUAUAUAUAUAUAUAUAUAUAUAUAUAGAUAGAUAGAUAGAUAUUUUAUGACAAUUUCAUUAUACAGUAACCUUGAUUGAUAAAUUACUAAUAGGAUUUAUUGUAAAACUAUAUGAGAGUAUUCUCAUAUUAGUUAUGAAAAUGUUUGGCCUAUAAUGAUACCUGCUACUCCAUACAGGUCAUUAAGAGCUACGUACGAUAGUUCCAUAUGUGUGUACAUUGAUGGGAAGGAGGUGAGACUAAAAGAACCUGUAAUAAACAAAUGGGAAAAAUGCUAGUAAAAGGAUUUUUUUGUUUUUUUGCCAUGGACAUUAGUCAUACCUGUUUACCUCCAUUGUUAUAUAUCAUCCUUUUAGGGAUUAAAUGUUCAUCAUAAAUGAAGAAACAUUUCAGGAAACCCCCAUUCAGACCAAAUUUUACUGAUAAAAUUUCAUGUAAAUCUAUUUUGCCAUUUUCUGUCUACCUUGUAUGUAUUUUUAAGUUGUUAGUUUAUUUGACCAUGUGAUAUUAAACAAUAACUCUGUAAGCAGCUGCAAAUGCAUCAAUACAUGUUUCUCUAAAAGGAUCAACUAUGGCUAUCAUUGCCAGAAGAUUAAAAAGAUAGUGGCACCCAAAAAUAAAAGCUUAGUGCUAAUUCCCGUCACAAUAAGCAUUGGGUUAUUUACAGUGCAAUCAGUGGUUUUGGCCAACCCUGUAAUGACAAGUGUAACAUGCCUGUUAUGCCUUGGACACUGGGCCCCUGAGCUUAGAUUAUUGAGGUGAGAUAUGUAGUUUUCUUGUAUGGAAGUGGAAUAUGGAAUCCUCGGCCAUAGCAGCUGCUGUAGCUUAGGAAAGAUGUCAGUUUUUUUUUUGUUGUAUUGUCCAUCUCUAGAAUAGAAUGUUAUAAAAAGAUGCUUUAAUAGAAUGAACACUGUGUAAGGAUACCAUGUGAUUAUGAAAAGAUAAGCUUUUAAGUAGAGUUUAGUCUCAGACCUUAGUAAUGAUUUUGAAUAUUAUAAUUUAUUUAUAUGCUUAUUAAUAGCCAUGCAAUUAUGGUAUGUGAUAUAAUUGCAUUGGAAGAAUUUCCCUUGUUUUAAUUAGAUCUGUUCCUUCAGUGUUAUUAGAUAUAUUAAAAAGAGAGAGAAGAAA